CAAUGGAAGAAACAUUCUUUUCGUACGCAGCGAAGUAGAAGAACGUCAAAGAGAGCCAUCGUCUUCUCUCUCUUUAGGCGGAUUGUUACAUGCAGGAGAGAUGGAUCAAAUAAUGAACAAGGUGGGCUCUUAUUGGUUAGGACAAAAGGCAAACAAAGAGUUCAACUCCGUUGGUGACGACUUUAAUUCAUUGUCUAGUAGUAUUGAAGGAGGUACCAAGUGGUUGGUCAACAAACUCAAAGGAAAAAUGCAGAAACCAUUGGCUGAGCUGCUAAAAGAGUUUGGUUUACCGGUUGGGAUCUUUCCACAGGACGCCACAAACUAUGAGUUCAACGAAGAGACGGGUAAGUUGACUGUCUUCAUCCCUGAGGCCUGUGAGGUUGGGUACAAGGACUCAUCGGUCCUGCGGUUUUCAACAACGGUAACUGGUUACCUGGAGAAAGGGAAGCUAGCAGAAGUGGAAGGUUUGAAAACAAAGGUGAUGAUUUGGGUGAAAGUGAGUUGUAUCUCAGCAGAUGUAUCAAAGGUAUAUUUCACGGCUGGGAUGAAGAAAAGCAGGAGCAGAGAUGCUUAUGAGGUUAUACGGCCUGGUGUUGCUGUUGAUAAAUUCUAACUUAUGGAUGCUUUGCCCAAGUUGGUUUUUUGUAUGCUUUUAACUCCUUGUGUCAAAAGUAAGCUCUGAUGAAGCAAACCUUUUACUUGUUAAUGUAUAAUUUUUAGUUUCUUAAUAAAAAUUUAAAAGA